AUGGACGACGACGAUCUGUUCAGGCAGUUCGGCCCAGAGCGACCGCGCUCAAAGGCUACUUUUGAGGAGAAGAUGGCGGAGCUCGACUCCAUCCCUUUGUUCAUGAAAUCACUCCCGGAGGAAAGCACGGAUGAUCCCAUGAUUGCUGCUUUGCAGAAGGUGGCCGAAAACUUCAAGGAUCAAGGGAAUGACUACUUCAAGGGCCGGCGAUAUCGUGAAGCUCAAGGGUUCUACACACAGGGGAUCGAUGCAAAACCUACCGAUCCCGUCCUGCAUGAAGCUCUGCUCUGCAACCGAGCUGCUGCGAAUCUGGAACUAAGCAAGUGCUGGGCUAUCACUCUCAACGCGCGUUCUUCGAAAGCGUACUACCGCUCAGCUCUUGCGCUGGUGGCCCUUGAUAGGGCAGAGGAGGCGAUUGACUGCUGCGACCGAUGUCUGCAGUUCGACUCUGAAAACAAGGGCGUGCAGUCCGUGCGUGCACAGACACAGAGCAAGAAGGACGCGAAGGAAAAGAAAGAGAGAGAGAAGCAAGAACGUUUGCGAAAGGAGCAAGAGGCGAGGUACAAGAUGCUCGCUGCUUUCAAGGAACGGAAUCUGAUCGUGCUGAAGAAGAAAGACGAUCUUGAUAAUCCAUACGAACCUCAUUUUGAUCCCGAGGAUCCAACGGGGACGUCGUUGAUCAUCCCCGUGUUCUUCCUCUAUCCUCAAUACGCGACAUCCGACAUAAUACCUGAAUUCGUCGAAGACACGCCGUUCUCCAGUCAUCUAGCAGUCAUGUUUCCACCCCAAGCACCGCCGCCAGCUUGGGACACGAAGCACGAAUAUGUGGAUGGGAAGUUGGCUGUGUACGCGAUGACGCGAAGGAAACGGUUGUUGAAGGUGGGCAAGAAGAUGUCGCUUCGAGAAGUGUGCACAGCCGCAAAAGAGAAGGAGGGCGAGCUCAAGGAUGGACUCGAGCUGAAAGACGGGUGUCUGACUUUCGUUGUGCUGCCCAAAGGAGAUGCAGAGAAGAAGUGGAUCGAUGAAUACAAGGCUACUCGGGAUAGCUGA